AUGUCCGUUCCACCAAUUUACAAUCCGGUUGUACCAUGCGUCCAGCCUAUCGCCGGGGGGAUGUACCCCGGUCGCAUGAUCCGGUUCCAGGGUAACAUACCGCCUGGUGCACAGAGGUUCGCUAUCAACUUCCAAUGCGGUCCCAACACCGAUCCAAGAGACGAUAUCGCGUUGCAUCUCAACUUCCGCUUCGUCGAGAUGUGCAUAGUGAGGAACCACUUGACCGCCAUGAAUUGGGGCAUGGAGGAGACUAGUGGGGGAAUGCCCCUCGUGAGGGGCGAGUCCUUCGAAGCCCUCGUGCUUUGUGAGCCGCAGUCUUUGAAGGUCGCGCUGAACGGCGUCCACUUCUGCGAGUUCCCCCACCGGCUGCCCUUCCAGCGCAUCACCCACUUGACGAUAGAUGGCGACGUGAUGAUGAACUUCAUCGGAUUUGAGGGGGCGCAGCCCCCACCGUCCCAGAUGUAUAUGUCCGAGCCACCAGCGUACGGUGCUUAUGGGGCUCCGCCCCCGGCCUAUGGUGCUCCCGGCUAUGGCGCUCCACAGGGAUUUCAAGCCGGCAUGCCAGUGAGCGCAGGAGGUUAUGACACGACUUAUGCGCAUCAGCAGCGCCAAGGUUUGGGCACGGGAGCGGCCGUGGGGUUGGGAGUGGGUGCGUUGGCCGCUGGUGGGUUAGCCGGAUACGCGCUGGGCGGUGGUUUUAGCAGCGAUAGUCCUACGCGCGAUGAACCGCAAGUUGUGUCCUUCUCGGAGAGCUUCGGUGGUGAUGACUGGGCAGAAUAA